AUGGAAAAAGCUGACAAAGAGACUCACGAUUUCAUGAACGUGGAGUCUUUCUCUCAGCUUCCCUUCAUCCGCCCCUCACUGCUCGGAGAAAAAAGCAUUAGGCUCUUUGGGAAAGAAUUUGGUGGUGGCGCCGGUGCUUCUGCCGACUCAUCCAUCGUCAUCAUCAACGACGAGUCAGAUUCAAACGACACCGCCGCCGUCGUCCAGGAGGAAUCUAAAGAAACCGGAGAAAGUAACCGGAAAUUCGAGUGCCACUACUGUUGCAGAAACUUCCCAACCUCUCAAGCUUUAGGAGGCCAUCAAAACGCACAUAAAAGAGAACGACAACACGCCAAACGAGCUCACCUUCAGUCCACCAUGUUCCAUGGAAGCUUCACGGAGGCACAAAUGUACGGUCUUAUGAAUUACCACCGUCUCACCGCCGCACCCACCCACGUACCACCCUACUACCACCAACAACAACCACUUUCCUGGCGCCCAAAUACUGCCAGUAAUCUUUACAGUGCUACUAGCAUUACCAACAACAGUAACAGGUUUUACGGAGGGAUUACAACUUCAAGCUCUCAUCAAACACCCAUCAAUGGCAGUCCGUUGACCGUGUGGAGAUAUCCGACGGCUAGAAGCUCGACAUUUUCUGACAGCUUGAAGGUGUCAAGAAUUGGAACUGGGAGUAAUUCUCAGAUCCGAUAUCCGUAUGAACAGAAGCCUAGUGUUCAAGAUCAAAUACACCUUCCAUAA